AUGCCAUCUACAAACGACGUUGGACUUGAAUCGGAUCGUGUUCGAAACCAAUCUAGAACCGUUUCGGAAGAUUUAUGCUGUUCGAUCUGUCAUAAUAUUCUAUGGAAGCCAGUUGCCUGUCAAAAGUGCGAAACUCAUUUUUGCUCAGCCUGUAUUGAAAAAUGGCUCUGUAAUGGCAGAAAUCAAUGUCCAUUGGGAUGUGGACCAUAUAGGGAAAGACCAUGCUCUAAAUUUGUUAAUACGCCAUUGAGUAGAUUACAGGUUGCCUGCAUCUAUGAAUCAAAUGGUUGUCGUGAGAUUCUUCCAUAUGAAGCGGUCGGAAAACAUGAAACACAAUGUGGAUACCAACCUCAACAAUGCCCUGCUUGCCGUUCAUCAUUUCCUAGAAACAAGAUCGAAACACACAUAUCCCACUGUGAAUUGAUUGAAUUUACUUGUGCUGACUGCAAAAUUGUCUACAAGCGACGUGAUGCAUCUCAAAGACACACCGACAUUAUAUGUAUUAAAGAGCAGUUUCGACAAUAUCGCCAUCAAUCACAAACCGAAAUUAAACAGUUAAAAGAACAAUUUCAGCAAGAUAUCUGUCAGUCACAAAAGGAAAUUAAACAGUUAAAAGGAGACUUGGAGGAACUUCGUCAUAUUUUUUCCACGGAUAUUGUGAAGGUUACUGAAUCAAUGACCAAGAUUAUUCAAAAACAACAAUUUGCCAAACCUGGUACCUAUAACGAGCUUGAUUGUAAAGGUCGUCCUUGCAUCACGUGCGGUGAUUGCCGUGACUGGCAUUUUACUGAUGAUGAGGAUACUUGGGAAUGGGUCCGCAAUUACAAAAACUGGACAGAUGAAGAUAGGAGUCGUUGGGACGAUGAUCGUGCUUGGGAACUUUUCGAGCGUCGUGAUGGUGCAACGUGUAUUCGCGCUCGUCGCGGUCGUAAUCGUAAUCGUGGUGGUCUCCAUCUUCUUAAUGAUACUUGUUUCUGCAAAGAUAACAUUGUUCCUUGA